AUGAGACUCACAGCUGAGCUCAUCCAAAACUCCCUCUCCUACCUGAACCCGCUCAAGGAGCGAGAACUAGAUCUGCGAGGACACAGGAUCCCAACGAUUGAGAACCUCGGUGUUGCGGGGCCUCAUGACGCUAUCGAUUUCACCGACAAUGAUAUCCAGAUGCUAGGGAAUUUCCCGCUGUCGCCACGGCUGCGAACCCUCUUGUUGGCACGCAAUAGAGUCGCCGGUAUACAGCCUACGCUUGCGAAUUCGCUGCCUAACCUUACGACUCUGGUUCUUAAUUCGAAUAAUUUUGCCGAGCUGGCGGAUCUGGAUGUUCUGUCUACGUUUCCGCGACUUACACAUCUGGUCUUGAUGGAGAAUCCAGUGACGAGGAAAGAGCAUUGUCGACUUUGGGUUGUUUGGAGAUGUCCUAGUGUGAGGUUCUUGGAUUAUAGGAAGGUAAAGGAUGUGGAGCGGAACAAAGCAAAGGAGUUGUUCGGGACUACUGAGGAGCCGUCAGCGCUUGCUUCAAAGAUUAUGGGCAUCAAAUCACGGACAUUUGAUGUGCCAUCAGCGAACGGUGUCUCGGCGAAUCUGAGUUCAAAGAAUUACCGCGUCAAGCUUACCGAUAAGGAACGCAUGAGGGUCGAGGAGCUGAUUAGGAAUGCGAAGAGUUUGCAGGAUAUUCAACGCUUGGAGAAGGAGCUUAAUGAAGGACGAGUACCCGCUGCAGCUCAGGUGCAUGAUGAUGCUAUGGAGGAGUAG